AAAAGAUAAUGAAGAUGAUGAUAUGGAAGGUGUUAGUAGCAGCAACAAUAAUGGCAAGAAUGAAUUAAAUUUUAUCAAUCUAACACAAAAUAGUGAUGGUGACGAUGAUGGAAAGGAAGAUAGCAAUGUUAAAGAUAUUCAAACAACGGCUACUGAAAUUGAAAAGGCUGCUAAUGCUAAAGCCAUUAAUAUUAAUCAAA